GAACUGAAAUUCCAUGGCUUUUCUUUGUGUUAUGAAGAAAAUAAUAUUGACAGAUGGGGAAAAAACGAGAUUGGUUGUGUGUUGUGAAGAAAGCCUUUUCCCCCGACUCAAAGAAAGAUAAGGAAACUUCUAAAUCAAAGAAAAAAUUGCAUGGCGAAAGCAAGGAUUCCGUGCCUGUAGUUUCUUUGCCUAAAAAAGAACCUGAAACUCCUAAAUCUUCACCCGCUGAAUUUGCCAAAUCGCCGGAAGCUCAAGAUGAGCAUAAGAAUCAUGCCUACUCCGUCGCUCUUGCCACCGCUAUGGCUGCCGCCGCUGCCGUUGUUCACAUCCCUUCCGAACAACAAGUUUCACCGGAGACAACCGCUACUGAAGCUAUUCACAUCGCUUCCGUACAAGGCAAUUCACCUGAGAAAACGGCUACUGAAACUGUUCACGCCGCUUCCGUACUAGGAAAAUCAUCGGAGAAGACCACUAAUGAAGCUGUCAACGUCGCUUUCGUACAAGGCAAAUCCUCGGAGAAAGCCGUAACUGAAGCUAUCCACGUCGCUUCUGUUCAAGGCAAAUCAUCGGGGAAAGCUGUUACUGAAGCUGUUCACGCCGCUUCCGUACAAGGCAAAUCACCGGAGAAGACCACUACUGAAGCUGUCCACGUCGCUUCCGCACAACGCAAAUCAUCGGAGAAAGCCACUACUGAAGCUGUGCAUGCCGUUUCCGCACAACGCAAAUCAUCGGAGAAAGCCGCUACCGAAGCUGUACAUGCCGCUUUCACACAACGCAAAUCGUCGGAGAAAACCGCUACUGAAGCUGUUCACACCGUUUCCGCAAAAUGUAAAUCAUCGCAUAAAACCGCUGUUGAAGCUGUUCACGCCGCUUCCGUUCAACGCAAAUCAUCGCAUAAAACCGCCACUGAAGUUGCUCAGGCUGCUUUUGAACAACGUAAAUCAUUGGAGAAAAAAGCUGCUAUCAAGAUUCAAACUGCAUUCCGCGAAUACUUGGCAAAGAGGGGUUUGAGAAGGUUGGAGAGGUUGAAAUCGUCGUUGUAUCAGGUGCAAUCCAUAAAACAAACCACGAGUACACUGAGACGCAUGCAGUCUCAAGCUCGGGCGCAGUCCCAGAAUCGCGCAAGAAGACGUAGAAUGUGGGAAGAAAACCAGAUCCUUCACCAACACCUUCAAAAGAAACGCGAGAAAGAGUUGGAGGAGGAGAAUGCAUCUAUGGGAUCAGACUGGCAUGACAGUAAAAAAUCCAAGGAGCAAUCUGAAGCAAUAAAACAGUACAGGCAACAAGCUGCUGAGAAAAGGGAAAGAGCUCUAGCUUAUGCGUUCACUCACCAGCGAUCAUGGAAGGUGCCUUCUAAAGCAGCGAAUCAAACGUUAAUAGAUCGACAACAGAAUCCCCACUGGGGAUGGGGAUGGCGAUGGUUAGAGAGAUGGAUGGCAGCUCGGCCAUGGGAGACGUCAACCUCAACACCUAACAAUGCACCACUCAACAUUGUGACUGCCUCUAAUUCCAUCUCUAACAACGAUAAUAAUAACAAGCCAUCUCAUACACCUUCUAAAUCCACCACUCGACCUCCCGUCCGCCAAUCUCUUCCCACUCCUCCCUCAAAGAUAGCUUCCGUUUCAUCAUUUACUGAUAAAAUUAGACAGCCGAGUCUAAGGGUAACACGACGCGCAGGGGAUGACGACUCCGCACGGGAUCAUCAACGGAGACGACAAAGUACCGUUGGAGGUUUUCCAUUGGUUCAAGAGGACGACAGCCAUAGAAUCUCGGCCACAACGGCUCCGAAUUCUAUGGCAACGAAUGCAGUGAACCAGGCCACGAAAACCAGGCAGUCCCGAUUGUCGAGUACUCCGAGGCGUAGUGCGAUAUCGGACAGGGAAUUGCCCCCCGCUGCAAAGAAGCGACUGUCAUUCCCUCCGAAGGCAAGUAAUAAUAUGAUACGGUCCGGUCCUCCAACGGCGGAUAAGUUGAAGAAAGAAGGGAAACUUAGGAAUGGAGGAGAGGCUGGCAUUGGCGGUGGAAAAGAGCUGUUAUAA